UCGGCUAGGCUGCGCCAUCAGGAAACGAGACUGUUACUGAUCCCAGGAAGGGUCUCCCCUUCCCGCCUGGAGACUCAGCGGCAGUCACCCAACACAGCGUCCAGCUUCCUGCCCUUCCACUUCCGUUGGCUUCGUUCAAACAGGCCGCUUUCGACCGCACCCAAUUAGAAUGCUCGAUCUUCGGCCGCCGCCCAAUGAGCGUGUGCAAUGGGGGGAAAAAGGACGUGAAGCCCAAUCGCAGCGCCAUCACAUUUGAGGGCAAAGAGGUUAGGAAGCCGGCAUGGCGCUCGGGUCAAUAAAAUCGAUAGCUGGAAGCUGCCUGUGUUUCAGGCAAAGGCGGUGCAGUAGCGGCGCCGCCAUUUUCCCCGAAGGCAUCUUCCGGUGCCUUUCACCCAAGUUGGGGCAGGAGUUUCCUGAAUAACAGCGAAAGGCUUCCGUUAGCCCCGCAGGCGGCUGAUUCUGGUUCCCUGCGGGCCUCCCCAGGCACGCUUCGCCUGGGUCCGGCGGGGGCUCCCAAAUCCCGGGGCCCGCCAGCACCCAGGGCUGAGACCGGGACUGGAAAGGCCGUGGCGCCGGCUUCUCGGGUCCAAUGGCGCCGCCUUCGGCUCUGCUCCCCGCGCGGGGACCAGGAGAGGCCGGACCUGGCCGGAGAAGGGGAAGGAGGCCGAGGGCGGUGAAGUUCGCGGACGUGGCCGUGUACUUCUCCCCGGAGGAGUGGGAAUGUCUACGGCCCGCGCAGAGGGCCCUGUACCGGGACGUGAUGCAGGAGACCUACGGCCACCUGGGCGCGCUCGGCUGUGCAGGUCCCAAACCAGCCCUCAUCUCCUGGUUGGAACGAAAUACCGAUGAUUGGGAACUGGCUGCCCUGGAUCCACAGGAGUGCCCAAGGCAGAUAACAGUCCAGAGAAAAACCAGAAGGAGAAAGAAGAAUGAAGAGAAGGAAGUAUUCCCACCUAAGGAGGCCCCGAGAAAGGGGAAGCGGGGGCGACGGCCCAGCAAACCCCGCCUGAUCCCCAGGCAGACAUCUGGAGGUCCAAUCUGCCCUGACUGUGGUUGCACUUUUCCCGAUCACCUGGCCCUGCAGAGCCACAAGUGUGCCCAGAAUCUGAAAAAGCCUUACCCUUGCCCAGACUGUGGGCGCCGCUUUUCCUACCCAUCCCUGCUGGUCAGUCACCGGCGGGCACACUCUGGUGAGUGUCCCUAUGUCUGUGACCAGUGUGGAAAACGAUUCUCCCAGCGCAAGAACCUCUCCCAGCACCAAGUUAUCCAUACAGGCGAGAAGCCCUACCAUUGUCCUGACUGUGGCCGCUGCUUCCGUAGGAGCCGGUCCUUGGCCAAUCACCGGACCACGCAUACAGGUGAAAAACCCCACGAGUGCCCUAGCUGCGGGCGUCGCUUUGCCUACCCCUCCCUGCUAGCCAUCCACCAGCGCACACACACCGGAGAGAAGCCGUACACCUGCCUGGAAUGCAACCGUCGCUUCCGCCAGCGCACCGCCCUCGUCAUCCACCAGCGCAUCCACACGGGUGAGAAGCCCUACCCGUGCCCAGACUGUGAGCGGCGGUUCUCCUCAUCCUCCCGGCUGGUCAGUCACCGGCGGGUACACUCAGGGGAGCGUCCCUACGCCUGUGAGCACUGUGAGGCCCGCUUCUCCCAGCGCAGUACCCUGCUCCAGCACCAGCUCUUGCACACGGGAGAGAAGCCCUACCCCUGCCCGGACUGUGGCCGUGCCUUCCGGCGGAGCGGCUCCCUCGCCAUCCACCGCAGCACGCACACCGAGGAGAAGCUGCACGCGUGCGAGGACUGCGGCCGCCGCUUUGCCUACCCCUCGCUCCUGGCCAGUCACCGGCGCGUUCACUCUGGCGAGCGGCCCUAUGCCUGCGACCUGUGCUCCAAGCGCUUCGCCCAGUGGAGCCACCUGGCUCAGCACCAGCUCCUACACACCGGGGAGAAGCCUUUCCCCUGCCUCGAGUGUGGCCGUUGCUUUCGCCAGAGGUGGUCUCUGGCUGUCCACAAGUGUAGCCCCAGGCUCCAAAACUGUAGCCUGAGAUCUGCUAUAGGGGGUCCUAGCCAGAGGGGCAGUAAUCCUCCUGUCUUGCCCUUGGGCUUUUACUCACCUCCAAGCCCCGGAUAUCCGGACCUGCCCGUAAGAGGACGGUUUCUCACGGCGCAGCGCCUGGUCCCUCUCUCACUGGCUGAUAUGCCCAGAGAGGCCGGGCCCAGGCGAACUAGGCAAAGCAGCCCAGGGGCCGUGAGGUUCGCGGGCGUGGGCAUGUACUUCUCCCUGCUGGACUCGGAGUAUCGGUGGCCGGCGCAAAGGGUCCCUUACCGGGACGUAAUGCGGGAGACCUGCGGCCUCCUGGGCGCGCUCGGUGUGUGCGUCUUUCUGAAGAGGCUGGGGGCCGGCUUCCGUAUCCUGCUGUCGGGUACACGGACCCGGGAGCCACAAAACGCUGAGGUCGUCGGUGGGUUCGGAGCCGGCCCAGGGAGCAUCCCCACCCGGCGCGGACGCUUUCCAAUGCCCCGCCAGCCCCGCCUCGCAGCGCAGGCCCUUCCUGCUGUGGCGGCCAGUGACCAGCCGCCCUACGCCGGUCCCUGCUACUUCGAUUCUCUGAGCUGCGCGUUCGGAAGCCAAGGCUGGGCGGGGCCCCGGGCUCGGGAGCCCUUCCUGUGGACGACGAAAGCUGAGGCCGGGGGCCGGGAGGCGGUGGCCCCGGGGACCAGGCGGCCGCUACUCGGGGCUGGGAGGCCCCAUGGCGCCGCCCCAGUCCCGCUCUUGGUGCUGAGACCAGGGGAGACCGGGCCUGGUUGCAAGAAACCCGCGGCCGUGAGGUUUGCGGACGUGGCCGUGUACUUCUCCCCGGAGGAGUGGGGGUGUCUGCGGCCCGCGCAGAGAGCCCUGUACCGGGACGUGAUGCGGGAGACCUACGGCCACCUGGGCGCGCUCGGAUUCCCAGGCCCCAAACCAGCCCUCAUCUCUUGGAUGGAACAGGAGAGUGAGGCUUGGAGCCCCGCCGCCCAGGAUCCUGAGGAGGGGGAAAGCCUGGGAGGAGCUCUGAGAGGAGAUGCCCCAAACAAAAAGGAGGAGGAACCUGAGGAAGGGCCAGGAGCCAAAGGACCUGGAAAGACUCCUAGGAAGGAGAGGCCUGAAGAGGUGGUUAAACACAACCCUGCCUCAACCAUCAGCAAGGCCUUGGCAAGAGCACAGCCACCCAGGAAAGCUGCCUGGGACCAGAAUGCAGGCGCGCAGCCUGCAGUCCCGGUGCCCAGCAUGGAUCCUCAGACCAGCCAGCGGCGCCACGUAUGUGCAGACUGCGGCCGGCGCUUCACCUACCCCUCGCUGCUGGUCAGCCACCGGCGCAUGCACUCGGGUGAGCGGCCCUUCCCCUGCCCUGAGUGUGGCAUGCGCUUCAAGAGGAAGUUUGCUGUGGAAGCUCACCAGUGGAUCCACCGCUCCUGCUCUGGGGGGCGGCGGGGCCGCAGGCCUGGGAUCCGGGCUGUGCCUCGGGCGCCGGUCCGAGGGGACCGAGACCCGCCGGUGCUGUUCCGGCACUACCCGGACAUCUUUGAGGAGUGUGGGUGAGCAGCUCCUGCUGGCUGGGCUCAAGCCUGAUCUCCGAGCUACGGACUGACUGGGUGGGCCCUGAGGAAGGUCACUGAGUCAGGGACUUGGGACCCAGAAUUCAUCCCUUUGAUUCCCUCAAGGAUCCCUCAAGUUUUCAAACUUGUAAAAAGAGAAGUGCCUGUAAAGAUUCAAAUAGAUUAAACUUAACAUCCCCUCUUCCCAGUCUUUUUAAAAAAAUGAAGAGAGUGAGAUGCUGGACUAAGUGUUAUCAGUAACAGGUGCAACCGAGAUCAUGUACAGUGUCUCCUAAAAAAAUCCCCUCACGGCUUAUCUACAGCAGAGGUAAAUGCUGAGGGGUCUAAGGCUGGGGAGGAGGCCUCAGAUGUAGGGCAUGGCCAAGCCCUGACUAAUUGACACCAACAGGAAACCCAGGCAGUGAAGUGGGUGGAAAGAGCACAGAAGCACCAGGUGCAGACCUAGUCUCUGCAACUCACCCCGGGCACAGCCGGUAAGUCACAUGCCCUCCCUGAGCCUCAGCCCCCUCAUCUGUAAAACGAGGAUCAAUAAUAUCUACCUCAAAGGGUUACUGUGAAGACUGAAAUCAGCAAGAUAAUAUGUAUGACAUAGUAAAUGUGCAAUAAACAUUUGUUGAAAGAGUGAA